AUGAUGGAUUUUGAGUAUCAGAAGAUGUCAUUGGGCAAAAUUCUUUCAAGGAGAUCCUCUCUGGGGUGCUCCUCUCGCAACUCUUACUACAGGAGUGGGGAAGGGGUUCCAUUCAAAUGGGAAAUGCAACCAGGGAUUGCAAAGGAGCAACCAAAAGAUGACCUUCCUCCACUGAGUCCCCCACCAGCACUUCUCAGCCUGGGGCUACCAAAGCCAUGCAUUCCAGACCCCAAACCUUCAACACGGUCAAGACUAAGGUUUUGGAAGAAAAGGGUGAAGCGUGGAAAAAACAGAAAGUCAUCCCAAGAUUGUUUCCAUGAAGAAGAUGUUAUUGGUUUGGACAUGUUAGCAAGAUUAGAUUGCAGCUCCGAUUCUGAGUCUGUGGCAUCCUCUCGCGGUUCAAGUUUCUCUUCUUGGUCGUCUAUGUCAUUCAUGAAGAGUCCUUCUACUACUACUAUGAGAGAAGUGUAUGGAAGGCCUUUGACCUUUGGUUGCUUCCCCAUGCAUGUUAGCAGAGUUUUCGUUUCUAUUGCAAGGCGUGAUUGA